AUGGACGGAGACACCUUCAAUGCUAUCGGUGGCGAAACUGUUGAUUUACCUCAAAUCGUCGUGGUGGGCUCACAGAGCUCAGGGAAAUCAUCAGUACUUGAAACUAUCGUUGGACGGGAUUUCUUGCCCAGAGGAUCCGGAAUCGUUACCCGUCGGCCGCUGGUUCUUCAAUUAAUUCAUCUUCCAUCCACGGCCCAUUCUGAGUCAUCUUCAUCCUUUUCUGGGCCUGAAUACGGAGAGUUUCUACACCUCCCCAACCGAAGAUUCACCGAAUUUGAAGAGAUCAGGAAAGAAAUCGAAAACGAGACCUUACGAGUAGCCGGCAGUAAUAACGGCAUCAGUCGGCUUCCUAUCAAUGUCAAGAUCUAUAGUCCGCGAGUCCUGAACUUGACCUUGGUUGACUUGCCUGGUCUCACAAAACUGCCGGUUGGUGACCAACCAACAGACAUCGAGCGUCAGAUACGUAACCUGGUCCUGGAAUAUAUCUCCAAACCUAACAGUGUUAUUCUCGCCGUCUCACCCGCCAACGUGGAUCUAGCCAACUCUGAUUCGCUCAAAUUAGCACGGUCGGUCGAUCCGCAAGGGCGAAGAACCAUCGGAGUGCUUACCAAACUUGAUUUGAUGGACACGGGUACCAAUGCUCUCGACAUUCUUACCGGCAGGGUCUACCCACUCAAAUUGGGUUUUACUGGUAUCGUCAACCGAAGUCAACAUGAUAUCAACAUGAAGCUACCCAUGGAACAAGCUUUGGCCAAAGAGGAUGAGUUCUUUCGCAGUCAUCCUGCCUACAGGAAUAUCGCACACCGCUGUGGGACCAAAUUUUUGGCCAAGACGUUGAACCAAGUCCUAAUGUCCCACAUUCGUGAUAAAUUGCCCGACAUGAAAGCUCGACUCAACACUCUCAUGGGUCAAACCCAACAAGAACUAAACGCGUUCGGUGGCGAUUCUGCAUUUUGGGGCAAACAGAACAGGGGCUCAUUAGUUUUGAAGCUGAUGACACAAUUUGUGAAAGACUUUGUUUCUUCUAUCGAUGGAAGUCAAGCCAAUCUUUCGACCAAAGAGCUGUGCGGGGGUGCCAGGAUUCACUACAUCUUUAACGAAGUCUUUGGGCAGGCUCUUCAAACAUUAAACCCGAUGGAAAACCUGAACAACAUGGAUAUUCGGACUUCUAUUCGGAACUCCACUGGAACUCGAUCGAGUCUUUUCAUACCUGAAGCUGCCUUUGACUUGCUCAUCAAGCCUCAAAUAAAAUUACUUGAACCCCCUGGCUUGCGUUGCGUUGAGCUAGUUUAUGAAGAAUUGAUGAAAAUAUGUCAUAAUUGCACGAAUUCAGAACUUCAACGAUAUCCAAGACUGCAUGCCCAGUUAAUUGAGGCCGUUUCCGAGUUGCUCCGGGAGAGAUUAGGACCUACAUCUGAAUAUGUCCAGUCCCUUAUCGAUAUUCAAGCCGCCUACAUUAACACCAACCAUCCCGAUUUUAUGAAAAAUACAACCAUGAAUGGAGGAUCGCAGUAUCCUCAUGGGUCAAAUAUGCAUGUUAAUGGAGCUUCAGAUCAAAGAAGGUCUGUUUCUGACGGAGAUGUCGAGGAUUCUUCGAGUGCGAAUGAAGACGAAGAGGGGACUUCUCAGCGAAGCACGGCGCUUCAAAGCCACCGACAAGUCCCGACGAUUAAUGGUCAGAUCUUCCGGCCUUCAUCUGCGCCGAUCGACCAGCUUCAAUCCGGAAGUCACGCUGGAGCGCUUAACCCCAAGCGCAUUGCUUCGGACAAUCGACAUAGUGGGCCGCCCAACCCAUUGCCCUCUCACUUCCAUCGAGACCAUCAUCACUCAACCUCGCAACAGUAUGGAUCUGCGAAGGAUAGUUUCCUCAACUAUUUUUUCGGUGGCACUGCCAACGGCGUUGGUAGUGCCAUGCUAACUCAGCCGCCCCACCGACCCCGACACAAGACAGCGGCCCACGACUCAGUUGAGAAUUCCUCUUCUCAGCUCAUUGAUGGAUCACAUUCCCUUCAGGUUGCACUCAAGACCCCAGGAUUUGAAGGGGCUCAUGCGGCGUUUAACAUGAAAAGCUUGGACAAGCACUUCCCCGUAACUACUGCGGGAGAUGACCAGAAAGAAGUCCAUCUUUCGGAACGGGAACAGAUGGAAAUCAACUUGAUCCGAUCGCUCAUGAUGUCUUACUUUAGCAUUGUUCGGCAGACCAUACAAGAUCUCGUACCUAAAGCUGUGAUGCAUUUGUUGGUAAACCAUGUUAGGGAAGGCGUGCAGAAUCGAUUAGUUUCCAGCUUGUACAGGGAAGAGUUGUUUGAGGGCUUGCUUAUGGAAGACGAAGGUUUGAGAACGGAGCGAGAGAGAGUCAAAGCACUUCUAGAUGCCUACAAAGAUGCUUUCAAGACUCUGAGUGAAGUAUUGUGA